AUGGUAGUUAUAAAAAGGUUUACAGAGGCCUAUAGCAAAGGAAAACCAGGUUUUCUUGAAACUCAAGAAAAAGGUUCUAAAGAAAAACAAAUUCCAGGUACUAAUAUAACCCAUGAAGGGAUUAAUAAAGAGAGGAUUAUUUCUAUUCAAACGACCAGGUUCAAACAGAUCGAGAAUCUUCUUGAAAACGAUUGUUCUGAAAAUCCUAUUGAUCCAAAUAGAACCAAAGGAUGGAUGAAAGCUUCAACUAAGCUUAUUGAUCCCAAAACGGUUAUUAGAGAAAAACCUAUGGUUUACUCUCUACAAGAAAGAGAAGAAUUUUCCAAACAAAUCAAGGAAUUACUUGAUAUGAGACUAAUUAUAGAAUGA